UUUUUGUAAUAUAUGCCUCUCUCGAUUAGCUCAUCAUAGGCGUCUUUUGCAGACGGAGUUCGUCAAAGAAAACGUUAUACGACGUCGUUCCUGGACGUGCCAUCUUCUUCUUUCAAUUCGCCGAUCCCGUACGCCGAUCUCUCAUUUCCACCGAAAAUAAUCUCAGAGAGUUUCCUCAUCAGGAAUUUGUUGAACUUGCCUGAUAUACUAUCCUCUGCUCUUGUCUUAGUUCUAUCAAUCAAGUGGGUUAAGGGGGGGUUUUCAGUGUCCGAGGCUCGCCAGGGUUCCAAUUCCAGUAUCGGAAAUUGUUAGUUUUACUCACAGGUGCAUGUACAUUCCAGAGAGGAAGUGGGUUCUGUGAAGGGAUGGUGGUGUAACAAUGGCGAGGCUAUUUGGUUUGACGAGAGGAGAGCCAGCUGAGCCUCGGGAGAUCACCCGAACUAUUCCUACUAGCGAGUCUAUUGGAGAGAGCGGGUGGCUCAUCCGCUUCUUUGAUUCCUCGUUCUUCUGCGAGUGGAUCGCUGUGAGCUACCUCUACAAGCAUGACCAUCCAGGUGUUCGAGACUAUCUCUGCAACAGGAUGUACACGCUCCCACUCUCGGGCAUAGAGAGCUACAUGUUCCAGAUUUGCUACAUGAUGGUUCAUAAGCCGAGUCCCUCUCUGGAUAAGUUUGUGAUUGAUAUGUGCACUAAAUCUCUUCAGAUUGCCCUGAAAGUGCAAUGGUUUCUGAUUGCUGAGUUGGAGGAUAUAGAUGAUAAUGAGGGCAUCAGUAGGAUUCAGGAGAAGUGUCAGAUUGCUGCUACUUUAAGGGGGGAGUGGCCGCCCUUAAUAAAGCCACACAAUGUCACUUCGUCAAGUCCCACUGGAAAGAACCUGAUGCUUAAUAAAUUACUGUUUUCCAAGCAGAGACUGUUAUCAUUGGCGUCCCCUCCUCCAGCCAUACAGAGGUCAUUGUCCCUUUCCCCCAGUUCAGGAACGGACCAUUCGCAACUUGAUGAGAGUGGUGGGAGCAAAAUAUCUACUCCUGAGGAGAAUAAAAUACUUAAGAAGCUGAUACCAGGGCCAAAAGUACGAGAUGCGUUGCUCUUUAGGAAGUCUGCAGAAAAGGAAGAUGAAGGCCCAGAUAAGGAUAGUUUUCUCAAGAGGCUCUUGAGGGAUAGUAAAGAUGAUGACAGCAGGAAAGCAUCAGUAGAUAAAGAUGAUGAGGAAUCUGAGAAGGACAGUUUCUUUAAGAGGUUGCUAAGGGAUAGUCGGGAUGAGGAUGGUAAGAAAUUGACAGGCAAAUAUGAAGAUGAGUUAGAAAAGGAUGGGUUUUUUAAAAGACUUUUAAGUAGUAGUAGAGAUGAAGAUUCUAGAAAGUCUAUCGAGAAAGAUGAAGAAGGCUCGGAAAAGAAUGGGUUUUUUCGGAGGCUUUUGAGUACUAGUAAGGAUGAUGAGGAUACCACCAGCUCUGAUGGAUUUUUUAAACGUUUAUUUCGUGACAGCAAAAAUGAUGUGGAUGACCAACCCAUCUCAAAAGCUUUUGAGGAUGAUGAAAAUGAAGGGUUUUUCCGGAAAUUUUUUAAGGAGAGACCUGAGGACAGAAAGGAUGGGAGUGAGAAAAACGAAAGUGGGGAAAAAGCGAAAAAGAUUUUAGAAGAUGGUGAUAAAGAAGGUUUCUUCAAAAAAAUCUUCAAAGAGAAAGUUGAGGACAAGAAAGAUUUGAAUGGCAAGAUUAAUGAGUGUGGAAGAGACCAUGUAAAUGCAGAGGAGGAAGAUCCUUCAGAGUUUUCAUUGUUUCGUCGUUUGUUUCGUGUGCAUCCUGAGGAUUCCCAAGUGUCAACAGCUAUUGAAAAUAGUAUCAAUGGUAAUUUUCAUGAGAGCAGUCCCGGAACUGAGAACUUUUUUCGUAAGCUGUUCAAAGACCGUGAACGUUCAGUAGAAGAUUCAGAGCUCUUUGCUUCAAAGAAGAACAGAGAGAAUCGUCCUGGCUCACCAAAGCAUCAUGAUAAACCAACUUCUAAACCUCCACUUCCAAACAAUGGUGUCUCACAAAUAAGGAAAGGGGCAUACCAUGAAUCCCUUGAUUUUGUUCAAUCAUUAUGCGACACUUCUUAUGGCUUGGUAGAUGUUUUUCCCAUUGAAGAUCGCAAAAGUGCUCUCCAUGAGUCCCUUACUGAAAUCAAUGCCCAUGUAGCUGCUGCUCAAAAUAGUGGUGGCGUAUGUUUUCCGAUGGGAAAAGGAAUGUAUCGUGUUGUUCAUAUACCUGAAGAUGAAGCUGUUCUAUUGAAUUCUAGGGAAAAAGCUCCUUAUUUAAUUUGUGUCGAAGUUUUGAAGUGUGAAACUCCUAGUCUGAAGGAUGCUCCACACAUGCAAAAUCUUUCGAAGGGAGGAAUUCCUCUGGCAAAUGGAGAUGUUCUAUUACCAAAGCCACCGCCUUGGGCAUGCCCUCAGUGGACGGGACAUGAUACGUACCACAGUGCUCACGAUAGGAUGUCAAGAUCCACUUCCCAAGCAAUAGACCAAGCAAUGACUCAAUUAUGGGAAGCUAAAGUGAAAUUUGUUCGUGUAAAUCUUUCUGUAGAGACACAAUCAGACUCUAUGCCUGAAUUUUGUAGCCAAAACAAAGAGGUUGGAGCAUAUCCAUCAAAUUUAAUGGAUGGUUGUGGUUUGGAACGGGUGAGGGUUACUUUGACAUCAGAGGCUGGUGUUAGUAUGGAUGAUAUAGUGGAUCAGGAACCAACACGUCGAAAAGAGCACCGCCGUGUUCCAAGUACUGUAGCUAUUGAGGAAGUUAAGGCAGCUGCAUUAAAAGGAGAAGCACCUCCUGGACUCCCUUUGAAAGGGGCUGGUCAGGAUUCUGACGCACAGCCAAAGGUUUCUAAUGGCGGUCUUCCUAAUCCAUGUGAUGCACUAUCUGGUGAACUCUGGGAGGUAAAGAAAGAGAGAAUACGCAAAGCCUCCAUAUAUGGGAAACUACCUGGCUGGGACUUGCGAUCUGCCAUUGUAAAGAGUGGUGAUGACUGUAGACAGGAACAUCUUGCUGUUCAACUCAUUUCCCACUUUUAUGAUAUAUUCCAGGAAGCUGGUCUUCCCCUCUGGUUGCGGCCAUAUGAAGUCCUUGUUACAUCAUCAUACACAGCACUAAUUGAAACUAUUCCAGAUACGGCCUCUCUUCAUUCUAUCAAAAGUAGAUUUUCUAGUAUAUCAAGUCUACGAGACUUUUUUGUUGCCAAGUAUCAAGAAAAUUCUCCGGCUUUUAAGCUUUCUCAGAGAAACUUUGUCGAAAGCAUGGCUGGAUAUUCGCUGGUUUGCUACCUUCUGCAGGUAAAAGAUAGACAUAACGGGAAUCUCUUGUUGGAUGAGGAGGGUCACAUCAUACACAUUGAUUUUGGGUUUAUGCUAUCCAAUUCUCCUGGAGGUGUAAAUUUCGAAAGCGCACCAUUUAAGUUAACUCGUGAACUUCUUGAGGUCAUGGAUUCCGAUGCUGAGGGAGUCCCAAGUGAGUUCUUUGAUUAUUUCAAGGUUCUAUGUAUCCAAGGUUUUCUGACAUGCCGUAAACAUGCUGAGCGCAUCAUUCUUCUCGUCGAGAUGUUGCAGGAUUCUGGAUUUCCUUGUUUUAAAGGGGGUCCAAGAACGAUACAGAACUUAAGGAAAAGAUUCCAUCUUAGUUUAACAGAAGAGCAAUGUGUAUCCUUGGUGCUCUCUUUGAUUAGUAGUAGCUUGGAUGCAUGGAGGACUCGUCAGUAUGAUUAUUACCAGAGAGUCCUAAAUGGGAUAUUAUAAGGUCAAACUUGAGAAUAGCCAUUUUUAGCUGAUUUUGAGACACGGGUGGGUUGAGGACUAUCAGCAUGUAUGAUGUUGAGAAUUUGCGUGGGAACUCAAAUUGUGAAUCUCAGGGGAUAUGGUCUUGUUCUGGUAAAAGAUGCUCACAUCGGUCAUAGCCAUCCAGAUAAAAGACAGUUCCUUAUUUGGUAUUUGAAGAUUCAAUUCAUUUGCAACCUGAUUCGGGUUGAUACUGUACAGAGAUAAUGCUAUAAAGGCAAAUUGGAAAGGCAACAAGCCAACAACGCAAUUGUCGGGAUCGCGCUGAUUGAGUUGUGAUUUUUGUAUACCUUCUAGCAUGGUGAAGAACUCACUUUGUACUUUUUCUUUAUUCCCUGAUUGGGGACCAGUUUCUUCUUUUCUUCACUUGUGCUAAAGGUCCAAGCAGCAUAGGAAUACAUCAUGUAAUUUAUGGUUUAAAAUUCUUAUGACACAUCCUCAAGCUGGAGUUCUCUUUGUUGUGAUUUUGAGAAACGCUUGAAGUAACAUAUUUGUCGUGUGUAUAAUAUUCUUUUUUUAUUUUCAUUUCACUUGUCACUAUGAAUGCGCUUUUGUAUGAUUGAAAAUUACCCAUUUCCAUGUGU